GCGAGCGAAAAGUAAUCGCAGAGACAGACGACUGCUUUCACUCACAGACUGAUCGGUCGAUCACUGGAAGUGUUCUCGCAUUCAAUACUCACGUCAUUAGCCAUUGAGAGGGCAAUGGAUUCGCCGAGAUCAAUGUCUUCGACACAGGAAUCGCCGAAAGUGUGGACACAAUUGGAGUCGACGUCGAAAGGGUCGGCCAUUGCGGACGAGAUGGUGGCCACCGAUGACCACAUGAUCGACACGAAUGACUCGAUGGCGACGACGGCCUCCGACACGAACGACGAGUGCGAAGAAAUGUGCGAACAGCCGGCGCCCCAACCGAUGGGCCCUACCGGUGCGCCCCUACACCUGCAUUGUCUGUCAUCGGGCGACGGGACGGACUACUCGGUGAUGGCUGUCGUGAAUGGGGAGAGGAGUGAGCGGUCGUACUGUCCGUCGCAGUCGUCGCGACACCUCCACAACCAUAAGGAGCGGCUCCGGAGGUCACGCAUGAAGUGCUCGUGCGAUGCGUUGAGGGCUUUGGUGCCCGGAGUGACCGAUAAGACAGAUAAGGCCACAGUCCUCGAGCACAGCGUCGCCUUCCUCUUACACCUCUCCAAAUGCGAUGGAGUCAAGUGUACGGACUAUAUGCCGACAAUCCCUCCGCCGAUGUCCGCAAAGCUCUUGGAUUUAUACCCGACUCUAAUGACCGGCGAAUACCAGUACUACGAGUCGGCGCCGAACCUGCCCUUCCACUCCUCGCAAGUGCUGGAAGUGACUGAACAUAACGGCGCUAAAUAUGUCACCACUACUGAUGGCUUUCAAUAUAUGAUUAUUGAGUCGACAGACACCGCGGGAACCGCUUCUCCAGGCGAUGACACUCUGCAGCCGAUGGACACGAAUGAAGGCAUUGAGAGCACCGGUACGGCGACCGCCACUGACGAGGCUAUGAGUGUGGAGCUGAUGGGAGAGGCGAUGGACGACAGCAAGAAGUGUGUGCAACAAGUGGUGGAUCUGUUGUGUGAUAACAAGGAGAACAUCGAUCCGAAGGCUGUGGUGAAGCAGAGGAGGAGACCAAAGGCCACCAAAACGACAGACAGUGCUCUUCAGGACAACAACUGCGGCGACAAUGCGGUCAACAAAUGCAAGGCUAGGCCUAAGGGUCGGCCCCGAAAAGUCAAACCCAUAGACCUCUGA